ACUACUCCACCAAGAAGCCCCCCUAAGAGUGGUUGACCAGGAUAAGAAGUAUUGAAUUGAAAUUGGCAGAGCAUUUAACACAAGAAUUCAGACCUGGAUGGGGUAAACCUCAGUGCACUGCCUUUCUUUUGCCUCAGUAUUACUGGAUUGAAGAAUUGCUGCUUCUUGUUAGGAGGUUCAUUUCAUUUUCCAUCGCUCCCAACUUCAUACUUCCAAGCACUGAGAAUUUCAAGUGGAGUAUAGUGAAGUAGACUUCAGUUUCUCUACAUCACUUCUAUAUUAAAAUUUUUUUUGAAUCUUUUCAUAAUCUUGUUGCAUGUUUAACUAAAUUAAUAUGGCCCGAAUGAACCGCCCAGCUCCUGUGGAAAUCACCUACAAGAACAUGAGAUUCCUAAUCACACACAAUCCAACCAAUGCAACCUUAAACAAAUUUAUCGAGGAACUUAAGAAGUAUGGCGUUACCACAGUGGUAAGAGUGUGUGAGGCCACUUACGACACUGCUCCGGUGGAAAAAGAAGGCAUUCAGGUUUUGGACUGGCCCUUUGAUGACGGUGCUCCACCAUCUAACCAGAUUGUUGAUGAUUGGCUAAACCUUCUUAAAGUUAAAUUUCGUGAAGAACCUGGUUGUUGUAUUGCUGUACACUGUGUUGCUGGUCUUGGAAGGGCUCCAGUCCUAGUUGCCCUUGCACUGAUAGAAUGUGGAAUGAAGUAUGAAGAUGCAGUGCAGUUCAUAAGGCAGAAGCGGCGUGGAGCCUUUAACAGCAAGCAACUUCUGUACUUGGAGAAAUACCGCCCCAAGAUGCGUCUACGUUUUAAAGAUUCCAAUGGUCACCGAAAUAAUUGUUGCAUACAGUAAAGCCCAACAGCCUAUACUGCUUCUUUGGUAUUAAAGAAUGGAAACUAGAAUUAAGCAGACUGCAUGCCAAAGACAUGGGUCUGAUUUUUAAGUAGUAAAGGAAGCUUCCUUAAGGGUAUUCAAUAGGCUAAAAGCUUGGUAGAAAUGCAACUUGUAUGUUAAGAUAAAUAUCUGUCUGUUUGGAGAACCAGUAAAUGUUUUUUCUUGUACCCUGUUUCUGAACAGUCUCCUUGUUCGUAAUUUACCAGUUCAAAUAUCUUAAUCAUGCUGUUGAGUCUUUCCAUCUACUUUCAACUACUAAAAAUUGGGGUACUAAAAUAGAUCAAUCUGUAGAGAGAUUAGGUGCCAAAAUACCCAGCAUAUAAUCUGUGUGUUUUUUUCCUUGUAAACAAGCAUAGUUCUGAUGACUUAAGAACUACCAGCUUAUCUGGACCGUACUAUUUUUUUAACAGUCAUUUCAAUAUUGAAGAAUAUGGCCUCUAAGAGAUAGUCUUGCCUGCUCACUAUAUGUUUUGUCUCCCACAAUCGCACUAGAGUUACCAGGAUUUGCACAGUCUUUGGUUUUUGUUUUUUCUUAAAUACUAUGAAUUACAGCAACUUUUUUUCCCCAGUGUUUGUAUCUUUCUGUUAUCUGAACCUCUCCAUUUUACAAAUCAUUACUCCGGUUAUUCAUGUAGAAAAUGUUUUUACAUUGUACAGAAGCACACAAGUCUUUAAUGUCUCCAGACAAAAAGCCUUACAGUAAAAUUAAUGUUGGCACUUCAUGUGCAACUUAACAGAGGGCCUGAAAAGGUUGGGAGGGGCUAUUUAAUAUUUCUAGUAAAAUGUUGCCUUUGUCUUGUGCAGGAAGUAUAGAAUAUGCCCUUUACUUUAGUAAAUAUUUUUUUAAAAUGUAGAAAUGCUUUGUUAUUGUAGCUAAAAAUUCUUAAUCAGAAAAUUUCUGAAAAAUCUUGUAGUUUCUUUUACUGUACCUAUUGAAAGUUGUUUACCAACUAUUGCUUUGUUGAAAGUGUGAUUUUUUUUUUCUUUUGUUUUUCCUCCUUGAGUUUCUGCUAUGACUUGGGCAGACCUCUGUAAUAUUUUGUAUGCCUUUCAAGCUGCGUAACUUAAUAUUUGGAUACUUGAUAAUUUGUUUUAUUAUGUAAUUGAUAAAAUGGUGAUGUGUAUUAAUGUUAGUUCAACCAUAUAUUUAUACUGUCUUGGGAAUGUGUGGUUAUAGUUCUGUGGGAGAAAUAAUUUUGCCAGUGUUCACCAGCUUGUAAAAUCUAGUGCGAGAGCUUAAACAUCUAAAUAAAUACUGAAAUGCACUUACAAA